AUGGUACCUCUCUUUGCGCAGGAUAUUUCUCUCUCUCUCUCUCUCUCUCUCACUCACACACACACACUAUCUAUCUAUCUACCUCUCUUUCUUUUUCUCACUCAUUCUCUAUCUCUUUCUCUCAGUCAUUUUCUCUCUUUCUUCUUUUUCUCUCUCAGUUUCUACCCAUUCUCUUACUUUCAUUGUCUCUCUCAUUCACUUUCUCUCUUUCUCAGUAUCUUUCUUUCUGUUUAUGUCUCUCUCCUUCUCUGGCAGUCUUUCUCCUUCUCUUUGCCUCUUUCUCUCUCUCUCUCUCUCUUUCUUUCUUUAUAUUUAUGUAUCUUUCCCUCUUUUUACUUUUCUCUCUCUCGCUUUCUCGCUAUAUCUAUCUAUCUAUCUAUCUAUCUAUCUAUCUAUCUAUCUAUCUAUCUAUCUAUCUAUCUAUUCCUUUUUCUUUAUCAUUCUCUAUCUUUUUCUCUCAAUUACUUUUUCUCUCUUUCUAUUUCUUUGUCACUCUCUACCUCUUUCUUUCUUUCACUUACUUUUGUCUCGUUCACUCUCUUUCUCUGUCUCUUUUACCCUCUCUCUCUUUCUCUCUGCGUAUCUCUCCUUCUCUUUACUUUUAUCUCUUUCUGCCUCUCUUUCGCUCUCUCUCUCUCUCUCUCUCUCACUCUAUCUAUCUAUCUAUCUCAGUCUUCCCACUAA